CUUUGUUAAUCGUUAUUUCAUUAAAACUGAAGCAGCUGCAGAAGCAGAGCUACAGUGUUGAAAGCACAAAACCAGAGAGAUCAACAUAAUCACAAGCCUUUCUUUCAGUACCAAAUGGAGGCAGACAGGUUGAAUUCUCCUACCACAUCUGAAGUUACCCUUGAAGUCUUGGGCCACCAACUUCACUUUUCUCAGAAUCCGAAUUCCAGGCAUUUAGGAACUACAGUUUGGGAUGCAUCAGUGGUGUUUGCCAAAUUUCUGGAAAAGAACUGCCGAAAGGGAAGGUUUUGCCCAUCUAAACUUAAAGGAAAACGUGUCCUCGAACUUGGGGCAGGUUGUGGAGUUGCUGGAUUUGGGAUGGCAUUGUUAGGAUGUGACGUUGUUGCAACAGACCAAAUUGAGGUUUUGCCAUUGCUAAAGAGAAACAUCGAACGUAAUACUUCAAGAAUCAGCCAGAUGAAUCCUGGUUCAGAUUCGUUUGGUUCAAUCCAGGUUGCAGAAUUGGAUUGGGGAAACGACGAUCAUAUAAGGGCUGUCACUCCACCUUUUGACUAUAUCAUUGGCACUGAUGUUGUUUAUGCAGAGCAUCUCUUGGAACCACUUUUACAGACAAUAUUCGCUUUAUCAGGACCCAAAACCACAAUUCUGUUGGGGUACGAGAUUCGCUCUACAAGUGUCCAUGAGCAAAUGCUUAACAUGUGGAAAAGCAACUUUGAUGUGAAAGUUGUUCCAAAGACCAAGAUGCACAGUGAGUACCAGCAUCCAAGUAUUCAACUCUACAUUAUGGGAGUGAAGUCUGCAGGUGGGAACAGUGAAAGUGCAGCUCAGAAAAUUAAUCAGCAAAUUGAAGUUGGGACAAAAGAAACAAAACACGAGGACAUGAUUGGUGAAAGUAGUAAUGUGGUGGAUAAGAUGGUUAGUUUUGGUGGUGAAAACGAGAAAGAUUCUGUUCUGGUAACAAAACUGCCAAAUGGGAAGCUUAGUGAUUGGGAAGUUAGAAGAUACGGCUCAAUGGCUGCUCGGCUCCUUCGAGAUGUCAAGAUAACUUGAAGUUUCUGGUUGGAAUUCUACUUUCUGGUGCUGACUUGAUAGGCAAUGCAUUAUUUAUUUCAUAAUGUCAAUACAUGACUGAUAUGAGAGACAAAAGCUGCCUUCUAUCCAUUGAACCGCAAAAAAUGGUACAUGAAGAGGUGGGUAAAUGUGCUACAUUAAUAAAGUGAUUGCCAAACCUCAAUGCAGUGUGACCAGCAAGGUGAUAUCACAAAAAACCACCUGGUGAAAAAACCAAAAAAAAAAAAAAAAAAA